AUGACCUCACCCUACCUUCGCAACAUACUCUGCCCCGUAGUGCUCGAUGUCAGCGGCAACAAUGCAGAAACGGAGGAGGAGGAGGACGCGGAGAGGGCGCAUGAUGAAUCAGAGAGCAGUGUCAAAGUUAGGACACAGAUCAUGUGCCCAGUGAAGAGCAGUAGUGAUCCCAGCCGACCGACAACAAUCUCCCUGAGCGUCACAAUUGGCGGUCCGCCUGCUCCUGUCCCAGUCUACCAAUCCGAGGUCACCAACACUGCCCAGCAGUCAGCACCCUUCAGCAUCGGCUACCAGUCCCCCGAGGGGGGCCUCGACCCCGGGGCUGACGAUGAUGCAGCUGGCGGUGGUCAGAGCGCCACCCGUGCCUCCUCCUUCGCUCUACGCUCCAUGUCCACACCCACAUACCCUGAGGACAACAUGCACGCAGAGAACAGGACAGAUGGAGGGACCAAUAAGAAUGUUCAAACGCAGUCGGAGGGUUAUGGACGCGGUGGCAUCGACGAAAGCAACUUCCAGGCAGUGUCGCAGACGCGGCGAAGUGUGGUGCCGCAUCGCAGGCAGGAUAGGAGUGCAAGCAAGACCUUUUUGAAGAUCGACGAGGCAGAGGAGGCGGAGGAGAUGAAGCAGGGUCAAUCUACCGGCAAGAGUAUGUACGGCGGAUCCCGCGGACGGCAGUCGAGGUACACCAGGGUGUAUAAUGAACUCGGUGAAAAUGCGCACGAGCGAUCCCUUAAGAUCACGCCAGAGGCGAGGAAGGUUCUGAAGAAAGUGCAUGACACAUUGAAACAACUGUUUGACAAACUUUUGGACGCAUUGGAGAAUUUGGUUCCGCGGAACUUCAGGCCCUGCGAGGAGGCGCUGGCACUGAUGGAAAACCUGCAUGUCCAGUUUGAUGAGUUCAUUCAGCAUCUGCGGUACAGCCCCUAUGAGAUAGAGUUGAGAAAUAUCAAUAAUAAGAUUGCCAUGUUCAUUGAUGAACUGGAAGUUCAGCCAACUUUCCUCCUUCUACGGCUGGUUGAAUUUGGUUUUCACAUAUAUGAGUUUGGAACUUGGAUUCGUGAAAAACUUCUCCCCACCUCCUACGCCCUCCUUAUUCACACAAUCCAGACCAGAAUCUAUGUAAGUCACACAAACAUGUUUCUUUUGAUGUACCAGUUAUCUGGGAUAAGCUAUUGCAACAGCUGCCUUAUUCGGCAUUCCCUAGACCUCUAAAAUUUCUCUCGUUCCUACGUCCCUCGCCCAGUGUCCGCAUGACCUGGAAUGAGGUAGAUAAUAUAUGUUGCUUUCCUGAGGAUCACAGUUUAGAGAACAGCGAAGCGACGAAUCAGAAUGAAGUGUUGGCUGAAAUUACGUAAUGUGUUUUCAGUUCGAAAAGAUUACUAAAGUAGGGGUGCCACGUUUUAUCGCGUAAUGUUAAGCAAAUCACAGUCCGAACAGGAUGCCGGCUUUCGAGUGAGCUUCUUAUCCACCGUUUACAUAAACUAUAUUCCGUCAAAAUGAAUGCUUAAGUAGCAUGGGUGAUUCCAUUUAUAUAUCCUCAUAGAGUAACGUGUGAACUUGGAGUAACUUAUUCGAUGGAGGAACUUUUUUCACUUUCAACAGAGGUGCCGCGUGUUACGGCAGAAUAAAAUCGGUAAAGCACGUGUUUUUGCUUCAGAUAUAUUUUAUAGAAUGCAUUCACAAAAAGAAUCUUUCAUUUGCCCGUUUGUUAGAAAAUUAAGUCUCCUUUAAAUUUUAUACUCAGAAAACGAAUGUUUUUCGGCCGGAAAAACCUUCCCAAUUCCCGAAUGAUUUCGGUCCCCAUCUGCCUUCAAACUACAAGCUGUACACUUUUGGUUUAAGAGAAAUCAUAAAUUUCUAUAUCUUUUUCUGAAAAAGACAUAUAAGGUCCAUAAAAUUUUCGGUGAAUGUGGACCGUGUUGUCCACUUUAUAGGCGGCAUUAGUAAAUUUGUUGGUGCGAUGCUAUACGACUGGACAUUUCACGGUCUUGAAAAAUCUCACGGUGAGACGCUUUUUAAUACCAAAAGAUACUCUUUCUUCAAAUAUAAAAUUCGAAGAAGACAUAAUUUCCUACCAAAUGACUAGGUCAAAUAAUAUUUUCGUUUAUGCUUUUCAUAAAAUAUAUCUGAAUUUAUAGGGAAUUGAAAAUAGAUUGGAAAACUUCAGACUACUUAAGUAGUCAUUUUUACGGAAUGUAGUUUACGCAGCCGCUCGGUAAGGAGCUCUUCCGAAAGCCGACAUCCUAACAUGACUGGAACAACUUGGUAUUAUGCGACAUGAUAAUUAACUUGACGCCUCUACUUGAGUAAUCUUUUCAAAUCUAAAAAGAAUUUCAGAAUGUUGGUUAAAAUUUCAUGAGAUAGCACGACAGUUCGACCGUCGAUUCCGACGAUGUCCACAGUGUGCUACACACCAAGGUGCAGCAGGCACGGUAACUUGCGCGUGAUCCAGUUUGUAGUGAUAGCGAACUUGCACAGCAUCUGCCGCCAACUCCCUCUUCCCCACUCCCCACCUGGACCCGGUGUCAAGACAGAGUCAAGAAGACCGGAGGCGGAGAAGGACGCAAUUGGUUGGCCCCGCCGGAGCCGCGCCUAGGCGCGCCACCACACCCCUUGGUCCACAAAAUAUACCUGCCUACCUUGCACCAACAACAAUAACAUCAAAAACACUCCAACAGGGGUCAGAAGGGUGAGUAUGACUGGGCAGCCAUGCCCACCACCUGUAUACCCAGCGGGAGUGCAAGCGCAUCUACCGGCAGGGAACCAUGCGUCAGAGGACUGCCAUCGCAUACCAGGCUGCGAGGGCCACGGUUUGCUGAUACCGGGCAUAGCACACGCUUUCAGACCCUUUGACCUUUGGACUACUGUAUAUUAUCCGGCUUGGGACGCUUGCGAUCAUUCCCAUCUACUUUUCUAUUUCUUCAAUAUGCACCCCCCCCAAACGUCUUCUAAAUGUUCGUCGGGAUUUUCUACCAAACAUACGGGUAAAAAGUUAAAUUGAAUUUAAUCUGUUAACAGCAAAAGGAGGAGGGGCUUGGAAGCACGCCGCCCGUCAAACGAAAACACGGCGGCUUUGGCGCGUAGAAAGACGCAGCACGACUUAACGAUGACAACCAAUGAUUACCCAGAUGACGUAACCCUGCUGUCCAAUGGCAUGUCUCAGUUCUCCUAUCGCAACAAGUAGUGAAUGGCGAACUGUCGAAUCAGUGUCUAUAUCGUCCAUUUCAGGCCGUUUACUAACUUCCUCGUCAAUUUUUCCAUCCGUUCCUUCAGCGUAUACUCUUAAACGACUAAUUGGGAACGAAAAUACUGCCAACCGACGCCAUGUAGAUGAUCACUUCAAAUGUGCGAGAAGGCUUCAUUUUACUCAACAUGCUCAGUAUCAAGACCGAGUCAGAAGGACUAAAAAUAACAUUAGACGCUUCAGUUGACUGACCAUUUUGCCCGCAUUCGCGCUUGUCACGCGCGUGUUGGUCUUAUCAUGCUGGUUGGAAAACUUUGAGCCGACAUUUUUGAAUCGACUGCCGGUUGAAUUGUGGGGUGGUGUGCAUUGAACUCUGCACGUUUCGACCGCGUUGCCGUGACAACUAAAAAUCACUGUGAUUGGAAAUAAGACUGGGUGAGGCAGCUGAUCGGGUUUGUGUUUGACCCACACCUACCGCAACGUCGUACUGCUCUGACCCACAAACAGCCCAGUCCUUAUCCAAUGAGCUCCGCUGUGGGUUCCACGCUCUAGAUAAGGGUCAAGUGAUGUCAUCUGAAGGCAAGUCGCUCUCUGUUCAGCGAUAAUGGUGACGGUAGUCAUCAUUAUUAUUGCUGCUGCCGCCGCUGCAGCCGCCGCCGCCGCCACCACCACCACCGCCGCAGGCACCACUACCACAUGGGGACCGUCGUGACUUCGAAUGCACAUGUAGAUACACUGAAACAACAAAAUCUGGAAUUCGUCACUACACCUCGCACUGACAGCUCGACUGUCGUUGCCGACGAUGUCCACGUCGGUUCCACAGUAGUAAUAUGGGGACUUGCGCGCAAAUUAGUUUAAGUGGCAGUAGACUUACGAAGCCUUUACCUCACUCGCUCCUCCUCCCUACUUAGAUCCGGCGUCAUGACAGAGUCAGGAGGUGGGAGGGGCCGCAGUGGGCUGGCACGGCGGAGACCAGCACGCAAACGUACCAGCACUUGCCCUGGUCUACAAUGUACGCUGACUAGGACUUUACACGAGAAAAAAUAAUGUGGCGGCUCGGAUCGCAAUUGGUGCGACGUACGUAUGCACCUGGGACUGCCGCUACACAUCGCGCAACCUGCGCACACACACGCACCCCUAGACAACACAUAAACCCACUCGAUUACAUGCCUGUGUGCAUCACUCCUACAGCGAUCACCCGAUUCCCUUUUCAAGCAAUUUUAUGGCGGACGAAACGCUGCCGGUCAGAAUGUGUACGUAUCGCGCAAGUGGGAGGCUAGUUUUUUGGUAUAUCCGAACCACGUAGACGUGUGUGGCAAACGCAGACGGGUUGUCUGGUUCUUCCAGCCUCCAGUUGGCGGAGAGGCUCAGACAUCCAACUGGUGUAUCGCAGAAGCCUAGGCCGUGGGUGGAACUCCGGCUACCACGACCUUCAGGUCCGGUCCCCAACCGAAAGAUAAGAUGGACACCAGCUGGGAGAAUUGUAUAUUCUGUACAGAACAACUGGAGGAGGGACUGAAAGGAGUUGGCAGCCAGAGGAAACUGCCCCCAUCUCCGGGAGAGCGGCAGCCCAAGUGUGUGUGCGUGUGUCGGGCAAUGCGUCAAAGCGUCUUAAGCCAGCGCACGUCUCAAUCAACCCUGAAUCUGAUUGGCCGGUUGGAAAGCCGAGUAGGCGAACGCCAGACAACCCUGAUGUUCACGUGUAGACACUCGCGAGGGGCCCAACGUUGAGACGGGCACUCGGGUUAGGGCCACUAAAAGUAGAAAAAGUCGUGGAUUGAAGGGCUGCCAACUGGCGGGACGACUGAGUCAGGCCAUUAUGGCACUCCCACUUCCUUGGGAUCCGGGUCUUCGUGUUCUUUUUGUAGUGCAAAAUCCUGGACAGUGUGCACUGUGCACCAGGGGUGUAGUAGCACAUCUAGGCGCGGGCUCGCGCCGCACAGGUCACCUGCGUCCUUCCCAGCCUCCAGUCUUCUUGAUUCUGUCUUGACACCGGACCCAGAUGAGUGACGUGGGGAGAGUGCGACAGGUCAAUGCAAAUUAAUUCACGGGCAAGUCACCUUCCCCUGCGUCCAACACACGGGGGACAUAGUCGGGAACCACGGUCGAACAGUCACACGUAGCUGAGACCGGGUUGUGUGUGGCACGCGUAAACGGACUGUUUUGCCUCAUAAAAGACUGCGCCUCCGGUCGUGUUAACUUUUGUUUUGUAGAUGCUGAGUGCAAGUCUGCCUAACUACACAUAAGUUUACGCAUAAGCUUCCGCUGCUUGAACUAUCCCUUGCGGCAGCGGUGGACGUCGUGGUUUGCGUUGGUUGGAUUGUCGUUGGCUACUUACGAGUGAGUCUUCUUAUGGUUGGAUAAAUCAGCGCGGAAUAUACUUAGUACGCCUUUUCCACACUCAUCGUAAUAUCAUAUCAAGACAGUUGACGCGGCUAGAUCCAGAACCUGACUUUAUUACUAUGAUAAAAAAUUUGACUCGCUCUAACUUGUAACUUGAAAGGCUACCAACAGAGGCGCAGAUGGUCGGGUUGCAGUGGUUUCCGAGCAUGUGAAAAUCGUCCAAACGAGUAAGAGUUUGUUAAAGUCAGUUUGGCAAACACAGGGUAAACAGGAAGUACGAUAGGUGUGCUAAAUCAUGAAAUGUUAACCGAAAUUCUGAAAUACGUUUUUGUUUCGAAAAUAUUACUUCAUAAGACUGUGAAAAUAAUCAUUGUGCAGCGUGAUUCUAAAAUAGUUCAAUUACCUCGGGAUGCCGGCUUCCGAAUGAAAUUCAUUCCGACCGCACGCAAAAACCAGACUCUGUAGAAAAUGGCUACUUACGUAGCAUGCAUCUUCCCCAUUUAUUUCCGGUGCCCCUAAAAAUGCAAUUAUAUUUCGUAGCAAAAAUGCAUAAAAAUAUUCAUUAUUUUACUCAGUUGGUAGAAAAUUACUUUUUUUUCUAGUUUUGUGCUUGAAGAAAAGGUAUAAUUCGGUUUUCAAAAACCUUUCAAAUUUCCGAAUAAUUUCGAAAACGACCUCCCGUUACACUGGCAUUCAGGGUUUACAAACUACAAGCCGUAUAUUUUCCGCGUACGAGGAACCAUACAUAUCUCUACCGUAUAAAGAGGAGAUAGUAUAGAUGUUCAUAAAAUGUAGCAGUAGAUUUGAGUCAUGUUUUAAACUUAAGAAGCCACAUUACUAAGUGCAGAGACAUGAUACUUUAUGGAGGGUCACUUCGCGGUAGUAAAAAAUCCACAAUAAGAAGCUUUUUUAAAACCGAAUUAUACCCUUCGAGUAUAAAACUGGAAGAAGUAAUUUUCUACCAAAUGAGUAGAAGAAUGCGUAUUUUAUGCAUGUUUUCUAAGAAAUAUAAAUGGACUUUAAGAGCACCAGAAACCAAAAAGGAAAAUUCAUGCUACUUAAGUAGUCAUUUUUUACAGUCUAGUUUUUGCAUGCGACCGGAAAGAGGUUCUUUCGAAAGCCGGCAUUCUGAGGUAACCAAAUUAUUAUAGAAUUAUGCAGCAAGAUGAUUAGUUUUACAACUCUACUUAAUUAAUCUUUUCGAAACAAAAUCGCAUUUCAGAAUUUCGGUUGACAUUUCAUGAGUUAACCCACCUACUGUACAUUCAGGUACACCAGAUCGUUUAAGGCGAGGAGUAUGCGCUGAGAGUCGACCUCUCACUCUCUCUUCCCGCUCCCAGACAGCAGUCGAUUGUCCGAGCCGGUCAGUCAUCUGAUGCAGAGAUUGGGGGCAGUGACAGAGAGAAUUAGAUAGACCGCCUAUGCGCCCCACACGCUAUCCGGCUCCAUCACAUGCGCGCACAAACGGGGUGGGUUGUGUUAGAGUCACAUAGGGGUCAAACGAAGAAGGAACUGGAGAGCACGCUUCCCAUGCCAACAUAGAGGCUUUUUCCAGACAGGCAAUGUUGCCGGUAUGCGAUCAAUAAUUUAACAAGUGAUGACCGUGGAAACGUGCCAAUUUUGCCGGAGCUGGUGGGAAGAAUAAAGUGUGGGAAAAAAUUUUCGCCAUGGGCGUAACAUUUCGAUCCAAAGGAGAAUUUAACGGCGCGAAAUAGGCCGCCCGACCGUCCGGGCACUGACUAAAAAUCCAUGUAAACUCGCUUUGUUCCCAAAACAGCGAAGGACAGCAUGAACAUCCCUAAUAGCAAAAUGAGCUCUGAACGAGCUCGCAAAGAACUCGUUUCACGAGGUACGCGACCACUAUUGGAGCUUGCAAGCUCGUUCAGAGCAUGACCCGAGCUCCAAAAAACCAGCUGCAGCGCUUACUCACCCAGGGGUCUCCCUCAAUUUUACUGUCACAUCGCCUUUUAUUUCCCCCAAUAUCGCCCAUUAAAGUAAUCAAAGGGGCACACAUCAAGAUAAAAAGUACUAUAUUCGUAAAAAACAAUACAUCGCAUCUGAUGAUUGUUGGAAUUAAGUAAAGCCUUAAGGCUGUUGGUCUCCAUGUUUGGCCGAUGGAUCCUCGCUUGUUGUAGGUGGGUCUAAAAGGGAAAGAUUUCAGAAGGGUAAGUGAACACAAUAUGACAAUUGAUAUUUAAGAGUAACAUGCACUGUCACUGGAAAAAGGUAGGUGCGAGGGAAGGAAGAUAAAAGAUGAUGGCGAUGCUAUCUCCUUUACUGUCAUCUGACUACUGCGCAGUUCAGAGCUGUUCCCCAAGGUAGGAGGAACGGCGAUGAUUGCGAUGUCCGAGUCGGUGCUUUUGACUGCUAGCGUUUACUACCUCCGCUUGUUAUUUUGUACUUGACUAGCCGUCUUCUUGGUCUUUUUGUCUUUUAGCGAUUACAAACUGGAAGAGUGAUCAGGCAGGUCUACUAUGUGCCUUUUGAUUUUGAUCCGGUCAUCGCCUCCUACGCGAAGAGUCGGCGCCUGAUAAAGAUUGAAAAGUUCUGUCACUGUCGAGUCAUUCUCCUACCGCCGACGGAUCCGCGAUGCGGCUACUGUCCCAACAACUAUCGGACCAUCGAGGUCAACUUCGACGAGCACUACGGACACUACCUCGGCUUCAAGAGCCUCCUGAAUCAAUGCGCAACCUCCAAGAUAUACACGGCACGGCUGGCUGCCACCAUAUUCAAGCGUCUCAGUGGUAUCGAGGUGGAGAUGAGUACCUCGGACAUGCUUCUGUUGGAGCGAAGCCAAGCCAGGAUCCGUUACGAAACGAUGAGGGCUGAUCUCGUGGCCGGCACUGGCCUCGCCAUCGCGCCGGCGGUGGACUCAGUUUAG